AUGUCGUGUGAAAUGACCGGCAAAAAGUUCAGGGCCAUAGUGGGACUCAUGAAGGUCCCGGAAAGAGAGCUCAUGGGGGAUGUUUUACUGCGUGAAAGUGCUGAACCUUCCCUCCCCGUUCACGUCAAUAUCGGUAAAUUCGUGCGUUUGGAUGACGGCCAGUACAUCGACACGGAGGACCGAGAUAAAGCUGUGAAGAGACGACAGCUUGCAAACGCGAAGGAGAGACUGCGGGUGAGAAGCCUGAACAGCAUGUUCUCGUAUCUUCGGCGUAUUGUGCCGGUGAUGCCUCGAGAUCGAAAGCCCAGUAAAGUGGACAUGCUGAAGGCUGCGACCGAGUACAUCCGGCUCCUCUCAGCAGUCCUCAAUCACACCUCUGACAAGGGUAAUGAGAAUGCUAAUGUGUUCCUGGAGACUGGAAUCAACUACCCAAGCAUAGACCCUGACUGCUCUGAUCUCUGGAGCAUGGAGGAUGCUCUGGAUUCGAUGUCCAGUCCCUUUCUCUCUGAGAGUGUGAGUUUGACCGCUCCUCUGGUCACAAUGACGUCAGGAGCGGAUGAAGACCUCGAUCUGAACAACAUGACUGUGCAGUGUGUCGUACCAAUGUACAUCGUUCAGGUCGGCUCCGACCAAACCAUGGUCCCGAAUUCACUCCCGUCCUAGACGCAGAUCUGCACUUUAGUCACUUUUAGUGCCUUUAGUCGCUAAUGCUUUUCGGUAUGUGCCUUUAAGAUCAAAUUUGUGUUGUGCUGUUUGUCUCUAUUACAAAAAUCUAUGAAAUGUCAGGCAUGAUGAAGACUGAUGGUUAACUUGCUGAGCUGCUAUGAGGGUUUAUUUUGUUGCAUUAUUUAUUUUUUAUAAGGGUAAACUCCUUUAGAAUAUGUGAAGAAA